AGUUUCUUGCCAGGAUGCUCGUGAUUUUUGUGCUAAACGUUCACGUGUAUGAGCACCUUGCCCUUUAAAACCCCCUAGGAAAAAGCCCAUGCAUUCCCUACUGUAACUGUUUUCCGCCAGUCGAGACCGAUUCAUUCUUGUGACAAUUCUCGUUCAUUAUCAAUUCUAGAGAAAUUCGACAACAUUUAUUGGCUCGCUGUUGAAGUUGAUCUAAACCGAAUAUAAGAGAUGGCCUCUGGUGGUGAUGAGGUCUUGCGAGCGGCGUCCCCGGACAUGCCUGGGGACAGGUGGUACGACGUGGUGUGCGAGGAGAAACGACUUGGCCUUAAGUUUAACGGCAUUGAGGUAACCACCAUCUUCGACAACUCCUGGGCACAGAGGGCGGGCAUCGAAAUUGACGAUGAAAUCCACCUCGUGAAUGGUGUUUAUUACAACUUCUAUGUAUACGAUGUCGCUCUUUUGUCAUAGAGAUAGAAUUGGGUUUGUCGAUUGAGGCCUCGCAUGAUUGGUAACGUUCCUAUUGUUGUAAGCAAUUUUCAUUUUGAUUUUACCCUGCUCGUUUCUACUCGAGAAUGAAUGGAGCAAAGGAGGAUUACGGAGCACGCCCUACAUCCAUACUAUUCAAACCCCAGGUCAAAAGUUCUACACAAUGACGCGUGAGAAGAAGCUUGAGGUGCUGCAAGGACCCAGACCGCUCUUGAUCAAGCUGAAGCGACCCGAAAUCAAAGAUGCCUACUACUCUCUGACGCUGAACGAAUUGAAGUUGGGUACUGCUUGUAUUAGGUAGAAAUAUUUAUGAAUAUGCGCGCCCGCAUGUGGCGUCCACUUCUCCUUUUCUUCGAAAUUUUGCUAGUAGUUUUUGUUGUAUGCCGGAAGACGUAGCUUGCUUUCAUACAGUUUUCGACUUUUUUUCCUGCUCUCUGCUAUUUUUGCCUCCUAACAUCAGGUAUGGGCUUUAAGGGUGCGCGAAUUAUCAAUGUGAGCCCCGAAGGGUGGGCUGAGCGUAGCGGUGUCAUCGUAGGCGACGAGAUCGUGGAGAUUGCCGGAACAGGAUUUUUUUCGCUGACUGAUGAUCAGAAAAUUGAUCUAUUCAAGCGCCCGAGACCCUUUGAUAUACGCUUCAAGCGGCCGGCGAGAACACGUAUUGACAUUAAAAAUGAUUCCUGAGUAUGUUUCUUUCCGCCAUACUUUUAGGUUACAUUUUCUCUUCAUUGAACAAGAGUCAGAGCAUUUGAUCUGCUGCUCUUCUACCCUGAAAUUGGAAUUCGAGUCUAUGAUAACUGUUCUUGUAUGUAUUAAGUCCUGGUUGGUUCUUCCGGGACAUAAAUAUGUAGACAUUUGUUCAUGUUUUCCAAGUCCAGGUAAAUCACUUGUUGCUAAGCUUGGCGUUGACGCACUGGUGAUGCCAGAAAAGGCACCUAAGAGGGAAGUAGCACAGAAUAGGGUAGCAACAAGCGGAGGUGGCUUGUUCGAAUGCUUCUGUUGCCAACCCACAACCGACACAACAAACGACAUCGAAGUGUCUCGCCGACGAAGCGCUUUUGCGUAAGGUCAUUAUACUCGGGUGAAGACAGAGAAGUGCUCACACUGGUUAGUAUAGUAGAUUUUAUUGAAUCUGAGCAUGCACAGGGAGACUUGAUAUAGAGCUGGUCGUAGGCAAGGUUCGUCGUCAGUAAUAUUGAGAAGACUCACACGAUUGCAACUAGUAUUGUAGUAGGGACUGUACACCAAUUAUCCAAAUGUAUAAUGUAUCUUGGGACUUGGGGAAAGUAGUAUAACAUUUUUAAGAUUUAUGACAACUAGUACUGACGAUCGAGCUCUUUCCAGAAACUUCAUAAAAUGACACGCGCUUCUGUAAAAAAAUAAAAGAUCGUUCGUUGGUUGUGACAUGAACAACAUUGUAUUAACCUUGGGGAUACCUGAAAAUCAUAAGUUGUAGUUACUGUAGAUGUGAAAUUCACUAUGUCUAUGAAUCAUGACAACAAGUAGUAGUAAGAUACAAAUGAAGAAGACGACAACAUUGACAACAUGUUCACGCGAAAGCUUGGCUCGAAUAAACUAGAAGGAUGAAUUUAGCAUAACCACCAAACACGAACUCAGUGAACGUGAUAAGUGCUCCUAAAAAAUGAACUGCAUAGUACUCUCUAUUGCGAGUGUAUCCUCAUGAAGGUGUAAGGCGCGACGUACCCGCGGCUAGCAGGCGUCUGGGAAUAUUACAC